CUAUAUAUACAACUCUUUUCCUGUCCUUUUCAUCCAAACGAUACUCAACAAAACUCAUAUUUUCUCUUCCUUUUGUGCAUAUUUCACUUUUCUUAUUUCUUCAAAUUUUUUCGUCCUAAAGGUUAGAAUGGCAUACUCAAAAGUGAUCAUUGCUAUAAUGUUCGCAUUAGUAGCUGGAUCUGCUUUCUCUCAGGCACCAGGAGCAUCUCCAGCAGCUUCUCCAAAGAGUUCUCCACCGCCGGUAGCAUCACCGCCUACGGCGACUCCUCCUCCUUCUACAGCAACACCUAUCUCCGCUCCUGCAAAUGCUCCUACUACUGCAUCUUCUCCAUCUGAAUCUCCGUUGGCAUCUCCACCAGCUCCACCAACUGUAGAUACUCCGGCAUCAUCUCCUUCUGGCGCUUCUCCUCCAUCUAUCGCCGCCGCUCCCGGUGGUUCUCCUACUUCCUCUCCUAACUCUGCUUCCUUGAACAGAGUCGCCGUUGCAGCAUCUGCUGUUGUAGCUGUCUUUGCUGCUUCUUUCAUUCUUUAAAUCUCUGAUUCGUGAGAUAUUUUGUGUUUUCAUUCGCCGGAGUUGAUGAGUUAGGAUUUAUUUUAUGGUUUAUUUUAUUUCCACGGUUUUUUUAUUCUUUUUAGUUUUUACUUUUACGUGCGACGCUAGUCGUGAUCGCUGUUGAUAUAGCCGAUAUUUGUUUCUUUCUCGUGUUGUAAAUUAGUUGAUGAUGACGCC